AUGCUGGCGCUUCUGGCUGUGGGAAUCCUGGCGCUGGAUCUGGUGUUGGGUCGAAAGUUGCAGGGCGACGUGAUACUUGGAUCUGGGCAAGCCACUGUGAUCAGCAAGUUUUGCUUCGAUUUCAACCCACAGUGCGUGGAUCACCAUGCGUGUGUCAAUCCACCGGGAAGCAUUGACCUCAAGGUGCGUUCGGCUCAUCUAAGCCAGACAUCCUCCAUGCGUGUGGCGGAGGUGAGGGAGCCCAAAGUCAUGGUUGCCCUGCUGGACGAUGAGUACUUCAGCUUUCCAGAAGUCUCGCAAGUUUGGGGCGAGGCCAAUUGCACCGAUGUGGCCAAAGCUGCCAAGAGGGCAUUUGCGCUGGAGUGGAGGACCAUCAGUUCCAGGGAGGGUCAACAUUUCUACAGCAUCGUGGUGGAAAAGGUACGACCGCGCUGGUGGUACAUCGCUUUGGCCUCGUGUUCAGAUCAUGCUUUGGCUAUGAGCUACGAGCUGCUGGUGCAGAAUCCUAUGCAGGGGAUCAAUCUCCAGCUGUCCAUGGAUGAAAUAGGGAUUGUGCUGGUGUGCUUCAUGACCUUCUUGGGUUUCGCCGGUGUCUCGCUAGUUCAUUUGAAGUCGUUCCAUCGAUGGUCUCUCAGACGCGGCGAUGCGCCACGGGGAACGACGCUGCUGUCUGCAUCGUUGCUGUUCGCAACGUUGGGCCACCUGUUGUGGCUGAGUUAUUUCCGCAGCUACCGUGACACAGGAGAGCCUUCCCUUCUGAUCUCCAGCCUCGCACGGAGUAGUGUCGUUGCAGCAAGGACGUCGCUGCAGAUUCUGCUGAUGUUCUUGGCACGUGGAGACGUGGUGUGUCGUUGUGGCCUUGCCUGGGGUCGACAGAAGGAGAUGCUCCUUGGCAUGAUCAUCUUUGGGCUUCUAGGCCUUGCACUGGAGUUCUGGGGUGAUCGCGAAGCUGCUGGCAGCCCGAUCGAAUACAUGUACGAUACCAGGCCUGGUGUGGCGCUGAUUGCCAUCGAAGUGCUCUGGUUCUAUGCCUUCGUCUCCCGGUCCUAUGAAACCUGGUCCAAUGAGACCCGUUUGCGACCGCGGCUCUUCUACAGGCGUUUCGCCUUGGCACUGAGCCUCUGGUUUCUAACGCUGCCUGCGGUGGCUGCCUUGGCAUCGCUGCUGGCGCCCUGGGUGCGUUUUCGCAUCGUUUUCGCCGUGAACGGCUUGACACACAUCUUAUCUUCGAUGGUGAUGGUUUACAUCUACCACAUCGACGUCGCCCCCGACCUCUUGGAGAUGAAUGCGAAGCAUCGCGAGGUGGGACAGGACGAUGAGAUGCAGGGCUUCUUGGAAGAGGAUGUAAAGAGGUCGUUCGGAGCCUGUGGACAGGAUGGCUUCACGUUGUAG